GAGGAGAACGCUAAAAACUGGGCCCGUACAACCAUGGUGAUCCUUCGGCAACAUUAUACUCAGAGCGUAGAGGAGGAAUUAAAAGCUCUCUCUGAGUGUUCUAAACAGGACUGGGAGGGCCCGUUCGAGAUAGCAACAUCCUGGGCCAAGAGGAACCUGGGCCGCCGCCUCCAACCUGACUCUCUGGAACAGGCCAGAGCUGAGAUCGUGGCCAAACUGGGGGACCUGGGGACUGCCACUUCAACAGAGGAGGGCCCACCUGCACCCCGCACAACAUCCAAAACAACGACGGCAACGAUGACGGACCACGUCGCUGGAUACUGGUCACCUUCUUCUGAGAUGGAGCAGGAGCAAGAGAGGGAUCUGACACCUUCCUCCCCUCCAGAAUCUUCACAACCAGCAGAGCCCAAUCUGGCCACACCGAAGGAGCAGAGGGUGUUGAGAUUCGCCGCCUCGAUCCCAGAGACGCCAUCCCAGGAACGGCCAUGUUCUCCCUCCAUCCAACCACCACAAUCUGGUGAAAUUAUGGACACUGAGGGACUGGACCUCACACAGGGGGAAGUCACCCCCAAAAAGACAAAGCGGGUUAACACUUUAACAGUGGCUAAACCGCAACCAGUGUCUCACCCGGGACCAUCGCGCAGCGGCUUAGACAGACUGACUUCCUGUGUGCAAACCCGGCUUCAGCUUCAAGCAGCAGAGGAAGAAUCAUCUUCUUCAUCAUCUCUUCCUCCCUCACCAGCCUCACCGGAACAGCAGGUGCGGACGCCGACCAGACAUCCUAACACACACCGGAAGUUGAGAGACUGGCAUCUGCAUGUUAAAGAGCCCUGGCUCAUCGUCGGCGAUUCUAAUGUUAGCAGACUGCCUCCCUUUGCGGCUGACACUCUACAGAUCGACGGCUUUCCGGGAGCCAAAUGGUGGCAUGCAGAGUACCUCCUGGAGAAAGCCACUAUUUCCACGCCGGUGACAAAACUAGUCUUGUCUUUUGGCAUUAACAACAGGUCCCAGAGAGACAAAAAGGUGCCAGUGGUUGAACUGAAAAGGGCCCUAAAGGUAGCCCGGGAGAAAUUCCCUGAGGCUGACCUUUAUGUGCCGGAGGUUAACUUUUCUUCUGCUCUUCCUCAGGUGGAAAAGGACACCUUGACCUACUUGAACACUUUCAUUACAGGUCUGAAAGAACACAUUCCAGCCCUCGCCUCAGACAUUUUCACCACAGAAAAGGAUGACAUUCACUGGUCAUAUGGAACCUCAGAGGCAAUGUUACAACACUGGGAGAUGUAUGUAAAUGGGGAGUCCCCAUAAGCCUGAUACAUCAGGAGGGGACAAGUGAGUUGAAUGUUGUUGAUAAUGCUGUUGUUGAUGUUGUUGAUGGGGUUAUGAAUUUGUCCAAAAAAUUCACACUUUCCACCACUCAGCGGACCCUUCUAAAUAGAGGCCUGACCUUUAUCCCCACAAAGGGCUAUAACAAAAAUCUAAAGUUACAGUGUAAGUAUGACAUUCAGCAGUACCAUAGAAGGAUUAAAUUGACUGUAUUUUAUAGGGAUAAGAAUGAGUCUGAACCACAGCCCUUCACUCCAAAAUCUUCCUGGUCUCCGCCCAUUGCUCAGCUUCCACCUGAGGUUCUUACCUUAAUUAAAGCAGAUAAUGAUUAUUUUCAAAACCAAUUUCGAGUAGAACGAAUUAAACCUAAUUUGACAACGGAAGAAACAAAAGCCUUAACAGAAUUGAAAGAAAACAAACACAUUAUUAUAAAACCGGCAGACAAAGGAAGCGCGGUUGUUAUUCUGGACAGAGAACAGUAUUUGGAGGAAGGCCACAGACAAUUGAAUGACAAAACAUAUUAUUCCAAACUAAAAAAACCCAUUUAUCAUGAAACAAUACCUAUGGUAGAAAAAAUCAUCAACAAUCUACAUCAAAAGAAGUUCAUUAACAUAAAACAAAGGAGCUAUUUACUCGGGUCCUCUGAGCCAAGGGGAAGACUUUUUUACAUGCUUCCAAAAAUCCAUAAGGAUCCCUCAAAAUGGAGUAUCCCUUUCCAGGUUCCCCCAGGAAGACCGAUCGUCUCAGACUGUGACAGUGAGACAUAUUACACAGCAGAGUACAUUGAUCAUUUUCUGAAUCCUCUGUCCACAAAACAUAGCAGUUAUAUUAAAGACACAUAUGAUUUUGUGGAGAAAGUGAAACAGAUACAGAUACCUGCUGAUGCUUUUUUAUUUUCUAUUGACAUUGACAGCUUGUACACGAA